UCAGCAACUCGAGCAGUUUUGUGAUUGUCGAGGCAUUAUAAAAUUUGGAUAUUGAGCUAGUUCAUAAAACAUUCUCGGCUAAAACGCUCAAAGGAUCAUGGGGUGGAGUUGGAAGUUCUUUUUUAUUUGGGGGGCUAUACUUCUCCAUUUGAGGUCAACUCACCAGGCAACUAACUUGGCUCUGGGUGGAGUGGCAGUGUCGUCGACAGUGUGGAACUACCACCAUCGACCAAGCAAUGCAAAUGAUGGCAGAGAUGAAACAAACCAAUAUUACCAUCACAGCUGUUUUUCCACUCUGCAGCAGACGGACCCCUGGUGGAGGCUGGACUUGGGGGGUCUGUAUGACAUCUCAACCAUUGAACUCAUCCGAAGAACAGAUUGCUGCAGCAAUCAGCUUGAUGCGGCAGAAAUCCGCAUUGGUAACUCACUGGAAAACAAUGGCAACAACUCUACCAGAUGUGCAGUCGUCCCUGUGAACAGUAUUGUUAAAAUGACCUUCCAUUGCAACCAGAAGAACGUACGCUUCGUCAACCUUUUCCGACCAGGAAUUCGUAGUCAACUUCAAGUUUGUGAGGUCAAAGUGUUCGCUGCAACCCCCAUCACAGGAGCUAACGUGGCUCUGGGUGGAGUGGCUGUGGCGUCUUCAAUGUUUGACAUUUACCAUAAACCAAGCUUAGCCAUUGAUGGCAAACCGUAUUCAGACCACCAAUUGAAAGGGAGCUGUUUUAGCUCUUGGACACAAGAUAACCCCUGGUGGAGAUUGGACAUGCGGGGUCCGUAUGACGUCUUAUCAAUUGAAGUCAUUCAAAGAACAGAUUGCUGUGACUAUGUGCUGAAUGGGGCAGAAAUACGCAUCGGUAACUCACUGGAGAACAAUGGCAACAACAAUCCCAGAUGUGCAGUCAUCACCGUGACCAGUAACGCUACCAUCACCUUCAACUGUAUCCACAUGCAAGGACGCUACGUCAACGUAAUCCUCCCUGGAGUAAAUAAGUAUCUUUCGCUGUGUGAGGUCAAAGUGUACGCCACUACCCAACUUACAGGAGCUAAUGUUGCACCCAGAGGAAUACCUACGCUGUCUUCAGCUCCUGCUUCUGUAGAAUCUACUCCAAAUAUGGCUAUUGAUGUAUUUCCGGGGCCGUGGUAUGCUUAUGAAACCUGUGCCUCAGUCGCCCUGCAAGACAACCCAUGGUGGCAACUUGACCUGAGGAGUAUCUACCGCAUAACUGCUGUGUCUAUCCUCAGCGCAGGAGACUGCUGCUCGGGGCAGCUGAACGGUGCCGAGGUCCGCAUCGGCCUCAGCAAGGACGUUAGCAACCAGAGGUGUGCCAUCAUCUCCGUUUCAGAGGGACAGCAGGAAUACAACUACCAAUGUGGAAUAAUGGAAGGACGCUUUGUACAUGUUUAUCUUCCUGGUCUACAGAAGACUUUGACUGUUUGUGAAGUAAAGGUGUAUGGUACUGUGCUUGAAAACGUGGCUUUGAGAGGAAUGGCUUUUCAUUCUUCCUCAAGUCUGGAACCCAGUGAGGCCAGCAAAGUCAUAGAUGGCAACCAGUUUUCCACCUGCAGCAUUGGCAAUGAACAGCCUGGUCCAUGGGUAACAGUGGAUCUAGUGGUUCCUUACAGUGUGACUGCGAUCCAGCUCACCUACAGUGCUGGCUGCUGCUAUAGUUAUGAUGUCCGAGUAGACGAUGCAAGCUGUGAGGUCAUCCCCAGUAAUUCAUAUUCUUUGGUGACCCUGGAUUGCGGUGGGAUUGUGGGUCGCUAUGUGACUGUGAUCCAUCAUGGCAUAGCACCGCCUCUGUGCGAGGUGGAGGUCUAUAGCACUUUGGAAAAUCUUCAAAACAGAUUCCCUCAGCUCCCGCCGCCCUCUGAUUACUGCUACGACGCUUCCUGUGGGCGUGACUACAUUCUCGUUCACAAUGAACCUAAAACAUGGUUCGAAGCCCAGACCUUCUGCAGAGAGAAGUACACGGACCUGGCCACAAUCAACAACGUUCAGGACAUGUCUAGGGUCGUUGAACAAAUGGGGAAUUACUCCAACGACCUUUGGAUCGGGCUGUAUGAAGACGUUGUUACCUGGAGGUGGUCUCUGUCAGAUGAGACUUAUUACGGAGCUAGUGAAGCUGAGUUCCGGAACUGGGGUGCUGGUGAACCCAAUCUUGAGAGUGUCACCCAGGACUGUGCAGGCAUACAACACACGGGUGAAUGGAAAGACCUGCAAUGUGACUUACUUAACUUCUUCCUAUGCUUUGAUGGCAGAGCAGGUGCACAUCAAAGCAAAGUUCUCGUGGAAACAGCUAUGAAUUGGGCUGAGGCUCGUAGCUACUGCUGGAAACACCACACCGACCUGCUCAGUGUGAGAAACCAGGCUGAGAACCAGGAAAUCCAGAGCAUGCUGCCGGAAGGAAAGCUGGCCUGGAUCGGCCUCUUCCAAGACUCCUGGAAGUGGUCUGACGGGAGUUACUCCUCGUUCAGAUACUUGUCUCGGCAACAACCCCUUCUAGGAGAGGGUCCGAACUGUGCUCAUGUUUACGACAGGAAAUGGAACGUCAGGUCCUGCGACACUAAAUCGAUGUUUCUCUGCUACAAGUUUAAGAAGAGAACUUUUGUGAGGAUCAAUGCUGACAUUGACAUGAGUGACCCACUCAUCCAACAACAAAUCUUGAGCCAGCUGGAGGCAAAAAUGAAAAACAAGGGAUUAAUUGAGUUCAAGACCAGCUGGAAGAUGACAGGAAAACCACAACAACCACCCAUUUAAUCCACCUGUAUAGUUUUACACUACGCUCGUGUAACUUCUGUAUGUGUAUGUAACACUCUCAGGGACUUUAAACACAAGUUGUGUGUAAGAAUUCACUUCUUUGCAUAUAGUCUAGAGACAGUGUGAAAGCAAGGGCUCAUAACAUUUUAGCUUAUUACUUUUUUGCUGAUUGAAGUUGAAUAUGAUGUCUUAGUAAAAAAUAAACCAAAUUUCAGUCUGACCUCUGCAUUGAGUGUCUGUUUUUAAAUACUGAUUUUGUUUUGAUUUUGAUUCCCUUUAAGUUUUUUCUGUAAAGAGCCUUUGUGAAUAGUUCUGUAGGAGAGUUUAGCUUUUAGAAAUUCCACUUAUUUGUGUACUUGAGCAAACAAAUGCACUAUUUUAAACCUCUUUGUUUAAACGUACUCAAUGUAACUAGUACAAAAGCUUGUAUUUUAGUUGCUUUUUGCCAUGUGCUUUUUUUUGCAAGUUAAUUGUUACAAAAUGUAAUUAAGUGAACAUGCAAUUUCAGAUCAGAAAUGAGUGUGGU